AUGACUAGCAGGGGAGCCCCGAGGUUGUCCCCGGGAGCACUCCGACGGUCAAGAGCCGAUGGUGGUGCUGGAGUUGGAGGAGGUGAAGGUAGUGGUGCUGGUGCUGGUGGUGGCGUUGGAGGAGGUGCUGGUGGAGGAGCAGGUGGUGGUACAGGAGGUGGGGCUGGUGGUGGAGUUGGAGGUGGAGCAGGCGGGAGAGUAGGAGGAGGAGCUGGUGGAGGCAUUGGUGGUGGUGCCGGAGGUGGAGCAGGUGGAGGCAUGGGAGGAGGCGCUGGAGGAGGCCUUGGCGGAGGUGUUGGAGGUGGGGCUGGUGGCGGAGUAGGGGGUGGAGCAGGCUGUGCUGCUGAAGGAGCCGAUGGUGGUGCUGGAGUUGGAGGAGGUGAAGGUAGUGGUGCUGGUGCUGGUGGUGGCGUUGGAGGAGGUGCUGGUGGAGGAGCAGGUGGUGGUACAGGAGGUGGGGCUGGUGGUGGAGUUGGAGGUGGAGCAGGCGGGAGAGUAGGAGGAGGAGCUGGUGGAGGCAUUGGUGGUGGUGCCGGAGGUGGAGCAGGUGGAGGCAUGGGAGGAGGCGCUGGAGGAGGCCUUGGCGGAGGUGUUGGAGGUGGGGCUGGUGGCGGAGUAGGGGGUGGAGCAGGCUGUUGGGCGAGGCUGCGUUGCUGCGUUGUUGCUGUGUCUGCGUUGCUGCUGGGACGAAGAAGAAGAAGAUAG